GCGGCAGAGAUCCUACGCUGCUACCCGGUGCCCAUCCACUUCCAGAACACCACCGUGCUCAACUCCCAGUACUACUUCACAGCUGAGCUGCUCAUGGGCGACAUCAAGACCCCCGUACCCUUCUGCAUCGGAGACAACCGUACCUACAACGGCUACUGGAACGCCCCCCUCCUCCCCCACAAGAGCUACAGCGUCUACUACCAGGCCGUCAGCACGGCCAAUGGGGUGAGUGAGCAGGGGGAUGUUGGGGUGGGGAUUGGCCGCUGGGACGUGUCAGUCACACCCAAUAUACAAGAUUGAAUGUGAAACUGAUAGGAUACUUUUUACUGUGUCAUGUUUUCUAUGGCUUUACAAAAGCCCAUUUUGAAGAAAUUUCCUCAUAUUGUUAAUUUCCUAUAAUGAACCACUUACCCCAAAUGAUCUUCAUUGAUUAAAGGAAAUGACCCCUUAUUUAAAACCACCUGUAGAAAAAGGACAUUCCUGUUGGUGUGGCAUUAUGGUACGUUUUGUCCGAUGGAUUGGUAUUUUUGAGUGGAUUCUUUCUUAGUCGUCUUCAUAUUGGCCCAACCCUCACAGCCAGUGUUAACAUGCUACAGUCCAACCCACCUGACCACUCUCAUUUGCUGUCUCUUACGAACGCUGAAUCAGUAGAAAAACAACACUGCCACCCAAAACCUCUGUAGUGAAAACACACAGUACAGCCUCAAUCCCAACAGUCAGCUAGAGUCCAUCUCAUCACUUCCCUAUUCACACCCACAGUGAAAGCACCAGUCUGAAACAGACAGCAAAGCAAACUGGAUGCAGAAAAUUAGGAUAAAUGAACAGCCACAACAAGACUCUCCUUCGGGGACCUGUUUAACAACCAAUCCAGCAUCCUAAUGGUUAAUAACCCGGUAUUACAACCCCAUUACUUCCCUUCUCCUAACCACUCUAAUGUACUGUCAGUGGGAGUACAGGUCAGCACACCAAGAGGCAAGACACCACUUUUAUCAAUGUCCUGCUGCUCAGAUUGUAAAAAAAGUAAAGUACACCCAUUCACAAAUGCAUUAUUAACACAUUGGCUUAAUUGACCUUUUUUUCAAUAUCUCCCCCUUUUUUGAAAUGCAAAUCAAUUUGCCCUAAUGAAAAGUCCAUCUAUUUUUCUUCCUCUCCUCCGCUCUCUUCCUCUCCUCCGCUCUCUUCCUCUCCUCCGCUCUCUUCCUCUCCUCUGCACUCUUCCUCUCCUCACUCUCUUCCUCUCCUCCGCACUCUUCCUCUCCUCUGCACUCCUCCUCUCCUCCACUCUCUUCCUCUCCUCCACUCUCUUCCUCUCCUCCACUCUCUUCCUCUCCUCCACUCUCUUCCUCUCCUCUGCAACUCUCUUCCUCUCCUCUGCACUCCUUGUCCUCUCCCUCCACUCUCUUUCCUCUCCUCCGCACUCCUUCCGCUCCUCCACUGCUUCCUCUCCUCUCCUUCUCCGCUCCGCCGUUCUUCCUCCUCCUCCACUCUCUUCCUCUCCCUCUGCACUCUCCUCUCCUCCACUCUCAUCCUCUCUGCUCCUCUCUCUCCACUCUCUUCCUCUCCGCCACUCUCUUCCUCUCCUCUGCACUCUUCUCUCCUCCCGCUCUCGCCGCCUCCUUCCUCUCCCCUCCCUCUCUUCCUCUCCUCAACUCUCUUCCUCUCCUCCGCACUCUUCCUCUCCUCCGCCCUCUUCCUCUCCGUCUGCCUCCUCCUCUCCCCACUCCUCUUCCUCUCCUCCACUCUCUUCCUCUCCUCCGCUCUUCCUCUCCUCCGCUCUCUUCUCCUCUCCUCUGCCUCUCUUCCUCUACUUCUCUCUCUUCCUCUCUUCUCUCUCUUCCCUCUCCUCCCUCUUCCUCUCUCUCCACUUCUCUCUUCCUCUCCUCCCUCUCUUCCUCUCCUCCACUCCUCUGUCCUCUCCUCGCCACUCCUCUUGCCCUCUCCCUCUGCACUCUCUUCCUCUCCUCUGCACUCUCCUCUCCUCUGCACUCUUCUCUCUCGCACUCUCUCUCCGCCCCCUCCUCCCUCUCCUCCCCACUCCUCUCCUCUGCCUCUUCACUCUUUGCCUCUCCUCCUCUGACUUCCUCUCCUCCGACUCUCUUCCUCUCCACUCCACUCCUUCCUCUCCUCCACUCUCUCUCCCCACUCUUCCUCUUGCACUCUUCUCUCCUCGCUCUUCCUCCUCUCCCCUCUCCUCCACUCUCUUCCUCUCCUCCACUCUCUUCCUCUCCUCCACUCUCUUCUCCCUCUCACUCUUCUCUCCUCACUCUCUCCUCUCCCUGCCUCUCUCAUCCUCCCUCCCCACUCUUCCUCUCCUCUCACUCUUCCUCUCCUCUCUUCCUCCUCCACUCUCUUCCUUCUCCUCUCCUCCUCCUCCACUCUUCCUCUCCUCCACUCUCUACCUCUCCGACUCUUCCUCUCCUCGCACUCUUCCUCUCCCUCACUCCUUCCUCUCCUCCCUCUCUUCCUCUCCUCUCCUCUUCCUCUCCUCCACUCUCUUCCUCUCCACUCUUCCUCUCCUCUGCACUCUUCCUCUCUCCUCUCUCCUCCUCUGCGCUCUCCUUCACUCCUCCCUCCACUUCGUCUGCCUUCCUUCCUCCACUCUACCUCUCCUCCUCUCCCCUCUCUUCCUCUCCUCCGCUCUCUUCUCCUCUCUCUUCCCUCUCCUCUGCUCUCUUCCUCCCUCACUCUCUUCCUCUCUCUACUUCUCUCUCUCUCCUUCCUCUCCUCCCACUCUCUUCCUCUCCUCCCUCUCUUCCUCUCCUCCGCUCUCUCCUCUUCGCUCUCUCUCCUGCUCUCUUCCUCUCUUCCUCUCUCUUCUCUCUCUCUCCUCUCUCCUCUCCUCUCUCUCUCUCUUCUCUCCUCCCUCUCUUCCUCUCCUCUCUCUCUUCCUCUCUCCAUCUCUUCCUCUCCUCUCACUCUCCUUCCUCUCCUCCACUCUCUCUCUUGCCCUCUCUCGCCUCUCUCUCUCUUCCUCUCUCCUCUUCCUCCUCUGCACUUCCUCUCCUCUCUCUCUCCUCUGCCUCUCUCUCGCCUCUCUCGCCUCCCUCUUCCUCUCCUCCCUCUCUUCCUCUCCUCCACUCUCUCUUCCUCUCCUCCUCUCUCUUCCUCUCCUCCCUCACUCUUCCUCUCCUCUCCCUCCUUCUCUCACUCUCCCUCUCUCUCCUCUCCUCCCCUCCUCUCUCUCCCUCCUCCCUCUCUCUCCUCUCCUCCACUCUCUUCCUCUCCUCCCCUCUCUUCCUCUCUCUCCCUCUUCUCUCCUCCACUCCUUCCCUCUUCCUCUCCUCUGCACUCUCCUCUCCUCCACCUUCCCUCUCAUCUUCCUCUUCCUCUCUCCUCCUCUCUCUCCUCUCCUCAUCUCUCACUCUGCCUUCCCUCUCUCUCCACUCUCUUCCUCUCCUCCCACUCUCUUCCUCCCUCCGUCUUCCUCCCGUCCUCCCUCUCUUCCCUACUCCUCUCCGCUCACUCCACUCUCUUCCUCUCCUGCCUAUCUCCCCCUCUCUCUCGCUCUGCCUCCAUCAUUCGUCUCCCACUUUCCUAUGCUCCUCUUUCACGCUUUUUCCUCUCCUGCCCAUGUAAUGAAUGCUCUUUGAAGAAUUCCGUGGCUAGAGUAAGGGAUGUGGAGAGGGUUGCAUUAGCCUUCUCGGUGCUUGGUCUCUUUUCUGUCUUCAAGCUCUGGCGCGCAAGUAGAGCCAACUGGCCAAUCUUAGGAUGAAUCUGAGAGAGAGGAAGUGGGCGUAUGUGUUCCGCCCCUCUGAAUCCUCCUACUACUAAUAGGGUGCUGUGGGGGCAGUAGGGGAUAACCUAGCAGUACAGCUGUGUGUUGUAGUGUAUUUGCUGACAUUUUAAAUGGACACAUUUUUCCCACAAAUUGCAGGGGAGGCUGGAAAGAAGAUCAGUGUGCCAUCUACAAAGGAUAUGUCUUCUGAGAAGAAGAAGAAGAGAGAAAGAGGGAGAGAGAGACUGAAAACAAUAUUUCCCAUUCCCCUCAGCCCUCUACCCUCAGUUCAGAGCAGGGUGCCUCAGAGAAAGGCCACCAUACUCCAUGAGGCAGACUGUAACGUUGGAGUGAAAACCACAUUCAAUACUGACCUCAGCAGUUAGACCUAAGUGGAAUAUAGGUCUUCACAUGUUGGUAGUUUAAGACAAUAAUUCUAAUCCUAGAUUCUAAGUGAAUCAAAUGAUUCCAACUAAAUUACAGCUAGCUAUUCCAUAUACAUGCCAGUAUCUUGUUAAGUACUGGCGACAUGUGUCAUAGCGUGAGGGAAAAAAGUAUUUGAUCCCCUGCUGAUUUUGUACGUUUGCCCACUGACAAAUAAGUGAUAAUUUUUAUGGUAGGUUUAUUUGAACAGUGAGAGACAGAAUAAAUAAAUAAAUAUCCAGAACAACGCAUUUCAAAAAUGUUAUGAAUUGAUUUGCAUUUUAAUGAGGGAAAUAAGUAUUUGACCCCUCUCAAUCAGAAAGAUUUCUGGCUCCCAGGUGUCUUUUAUACAGGUAACGAGCUGAGAUUAGGAGCACGCUCUUAAAGGGAGUGCUCCUAAUCUCAGUUUGUUACCUGUAUAAAAGACACCUGUCCACAUAAGCAAUCAAUCAAUCAGAUUCCAAACUCUCCACCAUGGCCAAGACCAAAGAGCUCUCCAAGGAUGUCAGGGACAAGAUUGUAGACCUACACAAGGCUGGAAUGGGCUACAAGACCAUCGCCAAGCAGCUUGGUGAGAAGGUGACAACAGUUGGUGCAAUUAUUCGCAAAUGGAAGAAACACAAAAUAACUGUCAAUCUCCCUCGGCCUGGGGCUCCAUGCAAGAUCUCACCUCGUGGAGUUGCAAUGAUCAUGAGAACGGUGAGGAAUCAUCUUGUCAAUGAUCUCAAGGCAGCUGGAACCAUAGUCACCAAGAAAACAAUUGGCAACACACUAUGCCGCGAAGGACUGAAAUCCUGCAGCGCCCGCAAGGUCCCCCUGCUCAAGAAAGCACAUAUACAGGAAGUUUGCCAAUGAAAAUCUGAAUGAUUCAGAGGAGAACUGCGUGAAAGUGUUGUGGUCAGAUGAGACCAAAAUCGAGCUCUUUGGUAUCAACUCAACACGCCGUGUUUGGAGGAGGAGGAAUGCUGCCUAUGACCCCAAGAACACCAUCCCCACCGUCAAACAUGGAGGUGGAAACAUUAUGCUUUGGGGGUGUUUUUCUGCUAAGGGGACAGGACAACUUCACCGCAUCAAAGGGAGGAUGGACGGGGCCAUGUACCGUCAAAUCUUGGGUGAGAACCUCCUUCCCUCAGCCAGGGCAUUGAAAAUGGGUUGUGGAUGGGUAUUCCAGCAUGACAAUGACCCAAAACACACGGCCAAGGCAACAAAGGAGCGGCUCAAGAAGAAGCACAUUAAGGUCCUGGAGUGGCCUAGCCUGUGGAGGGAGCUGAAGGUUCGAGUUGCCAAACGUCAGCCUCGAAACCUUAAUGAUUUGGAGAAGAUUUGCAAAGAGGAGUGGAACAAAAUCCCUCCUGAGAUGUGUGCAAACCUGGUGGCCAACUACAAGAAACGUCUGACCUCUGUGAUUGCCAACAAGGGUUUUGCCACCAAGUACUAAGUCAUGUUUUGCAGAGGGGUCAAAUACUUAUUUCCCUAAUUAAAAUGCAAAUCAAUUUAUAAAAAAUGUUACAUGCGUUUUUCAGGAUUUUUUAGUUGUUAUUCUGUCUCUCACUGUUCAAAUAAACCUACCAUUAAAAUUAUAGACUGAUCAUGUCUUUGUCAGUGGGCAAACGUACAAAAUCAGCAGGGGAUCAAAUACUUUUUUCCCUCACUGUAUGGUAGUGUUGUCAUCAAGCAGCCCUAGUAGAAACCAGUCUCUUCUCCUCUCCCCACCUGAGUCACACAGAUUCACACCAUCCUCCUAGUUGUUUUAAAUAUUCAGCACACCCCACAGUUUAAUUUGCCGUCUCCUCAAUAAUGCACCAAGCCACACAAGUGCAUUUUGAUGUCAUAAAACACGGGGGGAUUUAACCAUAAGCCCCAAGUCACUUUCCCCAUACCCUGAAUAUUCAUGCGGCGUUGCUGUGUUUUGUUUGUUCCACAUUUGUAAGACGAGCGAAGGCAAAGCCAUUUCUGCCACCACCUGCUUGUCCCCUCCUUGUCUUGGAAAAGUGUUUCACUCUUUUUUUCAGUUUGUCUAUAAGAAGAAAGGAUGGCAUGAAGUCUGUUGAUCAAAGUGACUGUGCAGAUCUAAUUUCACUCCACACUUCCUUCUUCUGAAUGGCUGUGCCUUUUCCUUUCCUUCUCUGUCUCUCUCUCUCUCUCUCUCUCUCUCUCUCUCUCUCUCUCUCUCUCUUUUCUGCUCUCUGCCUUCUCUCUCUCUCUCUCUCUUAUGCCUUCUCUCUCUCUUUUCUGCCUUCUCGCUCUCUCUCUCUUUUUUCAGCCCUCUGCCUUCUCGCUCUCUCUCUCUUUUCUGCCCUCUGCCUUCUCUCUCUCUCUCUUUUCUACCCUCUGCCUUCUCUCUCUCUCUCUUUUCUGCCCUCUACCUUCUCUCUCACUCUCUCUUUUCUGCCCUCUGCCUUCUCUCUCUCUCUCUUUUCUACCCUCUGCCUUCUCUCUCUCUCUCUUUUCUGCCCUCUACCUUCUCUCUCUCUCACUCUCUCUUUUCUGCCCUCUGCCUUCUCGCUCUCUCUCUUUUCUGCCCUCUGCCUUCUCUCUCUCGCUCUCUCUCUUUUCUGCCCUCUGCCUUCUCUCUCACUCUCUCUCUCUCUCUCUCUCUCUCUCUCUCUCUCUCUCUCUCUCUUAUGCCCUCUACCUUUUCUCUCUCUCUCUCUUUUCUGCCCUCUGCCUUCUAUCUCUCUCUCUCUCAUGCCCUCUACCUUCUCUCUCUCUCUCUCUCUUUUCUGCCCUCUGCCUUCUCUCUCUUGCUCUCUCUCUCUUUUCUGCCCUCUGCCUUCUCGCUCUCUCUCUCUUUUUCUUCCCUCUGCCUUCUCGCUCUCUCUCUCUUUUCUGCCCUCUGCCUUCUCUCUCUCUCUCUUUUCUGCCCUCUGCCUUCUCUCUCUUUUUCUCUCUCGCUCUCGCUCGCUCUCGCUCUCUCUCGCGCUCUCUCGCUCUCUCUCUCGCUCUUUCUUUUCUGCCCUCUGUCUUCUCUCUCUCUCUCUCUCUUGUCUCUGGUUGUCUGUCUGACAUGCCUGGAUGUAUGUUCUGCCAACAGCAUUUAGGCCCCAAGUCACAGCGCACUAUGUCCACGCGCCAACCUCCCCCCUAAUGCACCAACACAGGGCUUAGGAGGCCCAACAUGGUGACUUACUGUACAUCUAGCUCCGCUAUGGACAUUUGAGGCUUGCACACCCACAUCUAAUGUAUACUGUGUGCAUAUGUCCAUUCACACAUAUGUGUAAACAUAUGUGCACACUUGUAAAAUGUGUGUGUGUGUGUCGUCUCAAGGUCGUGGUUGAGUGUAAAGUAUAGAGACCACCCAUACUAGUGCAGACUAGUCUCUGACAGCUGGCUGCUAGAUGCUAAGCUGAGGUGCUGAGGUACAGCCUCUCUCUUUCUUUCUUUCUUGCUCGCGCUCUCUCUCUCGCGCUCUCUUUCUCGCGCUCUCUUUCUCACUCUCGCUCUCUUUCUCUCUCUGGCUCUCUGUUUCUCUGGCUCUCUUUCUCUCUCUCACUCUCUGUUUCUCUCGCUCGCUCUUUCUCUCACUCUCUGUUUCUCUCGCUCGCUCUUUCUCUCCCUCUCUGUUUCUCUCGCUCUCGGUUUCUCUCGCUCUCGGUUUCUCUCGCUCUCGGUUUCUCUCGCUCUCUCUUUCUGUCGGUCUCUCUCUCACUCGCUCUCUCUCACUCGCUCUCUCUCUCUCGCUGUCUUUCUCUCGCUCUCUUUCUCUCGCUCUCUCUUUCUGUCUCUCUCGGUCUCUCUCUCUCACUCGGUCUCUCCCUUGCUUUCAGUCUCUCUCUCUCACUCGGUCUCUCCCUCGCUUUCAGUCUCUCUCUUUCUCUCUCUCUCUCUGUCUCUCUCUCUGUCUCUCUCUCUCGCGGUCUCUCUCCCUCUCUCCCUGUUUCUCUCUCUCUCGGUCUCUCUGUUUCUCUCGGUCUCUCUGUUUUACUCCUGUUGGUCUGAUCAGAUUGGAUGACCACAGCCCUGACAGCUGAUAUGUUGACUGAGAACUAAUGCCUCUCUUUUGCUCUUUUUCCCCCUCUUUUUCUCUCUCUAUUUCUCUUUCUCUCUUUUUUUUUCUCCCCUCGCAGGAGACCAAAAUCGAUUGUGUACGAGUGGCCACUAAAGGUAGGACUGGCCCCCGUUGCCUGAAAGUAAUCUAACCACCGUUGAUUGAAAUGUGUUUCCCCUCACACACACACAUACACACCCAAGGAUUGUUUUGGCUCGACCACAGGACUAUAGUGCUGUACGCAGCUUUUCUUAUGUGCUACUCAUGCUUUUCAAAAACGAAUGUUUUCUCUUUGGCCACUCACCUUUCUCCCCCUCAAUCAAUUUGAUAGUGUGUGCUUGUGUAAAGUGGUAACAGUCAUAAGCAUUGAGCUUUUUCCUAUUGAAAUUUCCUCUACGCAAAAGCUCAAGUCACAUUUAAGUAAACAACAGUAGCUAAUUAGGUUAAAUAUUAACUUAAACGUCAUAAAAAUAAAACUUUGCAGUCAAGUAAAAGUGUUUCUUGUAUCUAACAGAAUCCAAAAAUGCUCACCAAAAUAAACGAAGUCACUAUUCCACUCUAAAGUGUAUGGUAGUUUAAUUUAUUGUAUUUAUUUUGCCUUUAUUUAACUAGGCAAGUCAGUUAAGAACAAAUUCUUAUUUACAAUGACGGCCUACACCGGCCAAACCCGGACGACGCUGGGCCAAUUGUGCGCCGCCCUAUGGGACUCCCAAUCACGGCCGGUUGUGAUACAGCCUGGAAUCGAACCAGGGGGUCUGUAGUGACGCCUCAAGCACUGAGAUGCAGUGCCUUAGAUCGCUGCGCCACUCGGGAGCGAUGUACAUGAUAUACCAUGAACAAUAGUGCUAGUAGCCUCUAGGCCAUAUGACUGAGCUAGGCUAGCCAAAAGGCAUGCGCUCAAACUCUCACAAACCACUACCCCUCAACACAGGAAAUGUCGAACAAUCGUAGAAAGGGGGAAGGAUUUUAAUUGGCGGCAGAUGGUCAGAGUUCUCUGGCCCAGAAUUCUGUGCACCCCCCCCCCCCCCCCCCCCCCUCCAUUAAAUAUUAGCAUAUUAGCAUCCAGUGGAGCUCCUUACAAGCCACGGCCUCCUCUUCUCUAGCACUAGCCACACAUUAGUGUGCUGCCGAUCUGCAUUGUAAUUGUUUACAGAUGGUGGAUAAUCUAUUUUCCUUACUACAUGCCAUCUCUCUCUCACGGUGCCAAGACUGGGCUAUAAUGCUAUAUGCUAAUGAGCACUAGUUCCUGUGUUGUUUCCAACCCUUUUUAGUCACAGACGCUAAGCACGUUUGAAUUUAGAAUUGUCCUCUUCCCCAUCAUAGAUUAUGAAAGGACUGUUUUAAUGCUUUUUUGUAAUUUGAUUUCUCUAUAGUUUAUGGCGUUUAAUCAGAUUUUAUUGGACCUGAGCGUUGGCGCUUAAGAGUAGCAUCUUCUAAUAGGUUCAGCGCCUCUCGGGUUACCUGCCAGUCAUAGUGGUGGCAGCCAAUCAGAUCCCCAGAGGGGGCUGUGGUCUGGGACAAACUGCUCAUACAGAAGGCCAUAACCACAACAGUGAGAGAGCCUGAACUGAAUAUUGAGGAGUUUAGUGGCUCUAGCAGAAUGUUUAUAUUCAGUCUCAUAUCUCUAGAAUGGCUCCCUCAGGUUUGUAUGAAAUGCCUGUGUUAGUUCCCUCCCUGCUGUUCACGAGCACACAACACAAACAAGUAAUUAACCAAGCUUCUGGGAUGAUUACUAAAGAAUGGAAACGUAACCGUUACUUAACCAAUGCCAAGCUUGUGAACUAUAUGUAACCUUCUAUUCCUCCCUGUGAGAAGUACCUCUUUCUCUCUCCCUCUCCUUCCGUUUCUCUGCUCUGUGUGACUAAGGAUGUUUUCCUGUUUGCCUGAGUCUCUUGGCUUCUUCUUCUCUCCUUCCUGCAUGUUGAACAACUUCUUCAUUUGCCUUAGCCGCCAUAAUCGUGACUCAGCUCACCACUCCCUACAUACGCAUCGCCCCCGCGGCUGGCGACAACCAACUAACAGGUCAGACCACCACUACAACUUCCCAGCUCUGUCCUCUCCUGUCCUAUGGAUCUAUCUGUGUGUGUGUGCAAGUGUAUGUGUAUGCCAAGAUUAAUUAUUUAUAGUAUAUGUUUGUGUUUUUGCGUUCACAUUUUUUAUAACAUCUGUUUGUGUGACGUUGUGUAGCGUGUAUCUAUUUAAGUCUAAACAAACAGGAUGUGCACUACCAUGUCUGAGAGACCAUCAAGGGGUAACUAGGUUACCGGACAUCUUGUUUUCCACCGUACAGUUGACUUUAUAUUCACUCCCGUCAUUUGGUCAGUAUUCAUCCUAUUCACAUCUUACAGAUAGUGUGACAUGUAUCUGGAGCAUAUGGUUGUGUUGCAAAUACAGAAAAGGACCUCAUUUUCAUUCAAGGCAGAUGUAGGGGGUUGUGAGUGGGAAAAAAUAUCAAUAUGGGCUUCUGCAGCGAGCAUGAAACUGAGAAGCUGCACACUCUGGACAAAGUCAUCCUGCUCAGCCUGCUGUCAGAAAAUUACAUUCAAAUAUUUAUCAGGCAGGCGUGGCGUUAAAGGAAAGGUGAAAACUUUCCGCCUUCUGUUUAUACAAGAAGCCAGAUGAUUCUACCCAGUCACACACAGUCAGACACUGUGAAAUUGAAAAUGUUCUCCUGUAAAAUAUUUAACCAUGGACGUUUUUGGCUUGUUAUGGGUCACGGGGAAUGAACAUGAUUUUUUGAGGGGAAGAAAAGGGAACAUUCGGUGUCAAAAGUACUGCUGGGAACACAUUUAUGUUCAGAACUUUGGACUUGAUGAGUACAAAUUGUUAUAAAUUUGCAACAUAGUUUGACACUUACAAUUUUCAGGUUUCCCUUAAGUUACCAACUUCUACCAGUUAAACUCCAGUUAACAUUUUCUAAAUAAUUAUUCCAUCCUUAAGGCAUGGGUCAGAAACGUCUAGUUUUAAUACAACAUGGACAACAACAUCUAGAUAGCAGUGACCUGGCAGGGGUCGUUAAAUAUCAGCAUUUUGGUUUUUUUUACACUGUCUUAUGUCCUCGGGACAUGAUGAACUGCAAGCAGUGGAGGCCGCUGUGUGUUGUUAACCAGGUCUUGUGGUGUUUCAGGCCCCUGAUGUUUACACACCCUCCCACACAGAGUUACCGAGGAACACACUAUCCCCCAAAGCACCUUGCAUAGUUUGAGUUUCACAUGAAACGGCCUCCCUGAAAGCCAGAACGCUUCACUCCCUUCUUCAAAGCCGGAGAUAUCUGCCAUUUAAACUUAAAAAGGACCAGUGUUUUAUGCCUCUUGGGGCAUUCAGUUUGCUUAUGACCCAUAAACAGAGAUGUCAAAGAGAGGAUUUGAAGUAAAGCUUGGCAUGAAAGUAAAUAGUUUGAAAGUCCAAAACAGCUGGAGAUGUUUUUGCGGUUCCCAAACAAACUAGAGAUACCAAGGGAGUCAAGCUAACCUUCACUGUUCUGUCUUUUAGCUUGGGAAUAUACACUGCUCAAAAAAAUCAAGGGAACACUAAAAUAACACAUCCUAGAUCCGAAUGAAUGAAAUAAUCUUAUUAAAUACUUUUUUCUUUACAUAGUUGAAUGUGCUGACAACAAAAUCACACAAAAAUUAUCAAUGGAAAUCAAAUGAAUCAACCCAUGGAGGUCUGGAUUUGGAGUCACACUCAAAAUUAAAGUGGAAAACCACACUACAGGCUGAUCCAACUUUGAUGUAAUGUCCUUAAAACAAGUCAAAAUGAGGCUCAGUAGUGUGUGUGGCCUCCACGUGCCUGUAUGACCUCCCUACAACGCCAGGGCAUGCUCCUGAUGAGGUGGCAGAUGGUCUCCUGAGGGAUCUCCUCCCAGACCUGGACUAAAGCAUCCGCCACCUCCUGGACAGUCUGUGGUGCAACGUGGCGUUGGUGGAUGGAGCGAGACAUGAUGUCCCAGAUGUGCUCAAUUGGAUUCAGGUCUGGGGAACGGGCGGGCCAGUCCAUAGCAUCAAUGCCUUCCUCUUGCAGGAACUGCUGACACACUCCAGCCACAUGAGGUCUAGCAUUGUCUUGCAUUAGGAGGAACCCAGGGCCAACCGCACCAGCAUAUGGUCUCACAAGGGGUCUGAGGAUCUCAUCUCGGUACCUAAUGGCAGUCAGGCUACCUCUGGCGAGCACAUGGAGGGCUGUGCGGCCCCCCAAAGAAAUGCCACCCCACACCAUAACUGACCCACCACCAAACCAGUCAUGCUGGAGGAUGUUGCAGGCAGCAGAACGUUCUCCACGGUGUCUCCAGACUCUGUCACGUCUGUCACAUAUGCUCAGUGUGAACCUGCUUUCAUCUGUGAAGAGCACAGGGCGCCAGUGGCGAAUUUGCCAGUCUUGGUGUUCUCUGGCAAAUGCCAAACGUCCUGCACGGUGUUGGGCUGUAAGCACAACCCCCACCUGUGGACGUCGGGCCCUCAUACCACCCUCAUGGAGUCUGUUUCUGACCGUUUGAGCAGACACAUGCACAUUUGUGGCCUGCUGGAGGUUAUUUUGCAGGGCUCUGGCAGUGCUCCUCCUGCUCCUCCUUGCACAAAGGCAGAGGUAGCGGUCCUGCUGCUGGGUUGUUGCCCUCCAACGGCCUCCUCCACGUCUCCUGAUGUACUGGCCUGUCUCCUGGUAGCGCCUCCAUGCUCUGGACACUAUGCUGACAGACACAGCAAACCUUCUUGCCACAGCUCGCAUUGAUGUGCCAUCCUGGAUGAGCUGCACUACCUGAGCCACUUGUGUGGGUUGUAGACUCCGUCUCAUGCUACCACUAGAGUGAAAGCACCGCCAGCAUUCAAAAGUGACCAAAACAUCAGCCAGGAAGCAUAGGAACUGAGAAGUGGUCUGUGGUCACCACCUGCAGAACCACUCCUUUAUUGGGGGUGUCUUGCUAAUUGCAUAUAAUUUCCACCUGUUGUCUAUACCAUUUGCACAACAGCAUGUGAAAUUUAUUGUCAAUCAGUGUUGCUUCCUAAGUGGACAGUUUGAUUUCACAGAAGUGUGAUUGACUUGGAGUUACAUUGUGUUGUUUAAGUGUUCCCUUUAUUUUUUUGAGCAGUGUAUUUAAAACUUCUGUUCACAUGUGAACGCCCAAUGUUUUCUGUAUUUUUGCCCAUGCAAGUUUUACCUGAUAACAGAGUCAGACGUCCACCUUAUUGCUUUCCUUGAAGGCCUUUCCCUCACCACCUAAACCCCUCAAUAGCUCUCUGGUUAUCCAGCAAAAAAUUGAUUUUGGGCUAUAUCUAGUGGUAUUCUCAAUAUAUGGAAUAACUUAUCAAUGAAUUGCAGACAUUUGCAUUCUAAGAGACUGCCUGCCUGGUAGGUGAAUGCUGAUGACUGUCUGUCCCCCUCUGGAUUCAACAUGUAAGGUCGGCAGGUAGCCUAGCGGUUAGGUCGUUGGGCCAGUAACCGAAAGGUUGCUAGUUCGAGUCUCCGAGCCAACAAUAUGAAAAAAAUCUGUAGGUGUGCCCUUGCCCCUAAUUGCUCCAGGGUCACCAUUGAUAAUGGCUGACCCUCACUGUGACCCCCACCCUCAGAUGGUCUCAGGGAGAGUUGGGAUAUGCAAAAAAACAUAUUCAAAUAGGACAAAUAUAAGCACCCAUCAGAUUAUUAUCAUUCAAGGAGAUGGUCAACCAAGUCGACCUUGGUGUAGAACCUGGAGGGGUGACCUUAGGACUUUAGAGGGAGAUCUGUGUGUUUUAAAUCCACUCACACCGCUGAAUGGUCACCCCCUCUCUCCUAGGCCCUCUGUCCUCCAGGCCUCCCCUUUCUCCCACUUCACCCAGACUCACCCUUCGGAGUAAAACACAUUCUUACCGUGGAAUGAGCCACCCGCUUGUUGGCCCCCCUAUCCGUCACCGUGGUAACAACGAUAGCCGCGCGGGCUGCUGGUGAUGGAUGUUGUCACCCUUUGAUUGAAAUAGUGGUGCAGGCAGGGAGGAAUAGAUUUGGGGGCCAGGGCAAAUUGAACGACGUGUCCUGACUAUUUUUCAUCCAAACUCAUUUAGCGCGAGGAAAUGGAUAGUUCAUCAGGCCGCGGGUUGACGUUCCAUCACAUUAUACAGUAAACAGGAGAGCAAGAGGUUCCCUCUUUCUUUCUGUCUCAUUCCCUCUCUCUCUCCCUCUCUCUUUCUCUGUCUCUCCCUCUCUCUUUCUCUCCCUCUCUCUGUCUAUCCCGCUCUCUCCUCCCUCUCUCUCACCUUCUCAUCUCUUCCUCCCUCUCUCCCUCCCUUAGAGGAGGGGAAGGCCCCAGUACUAGUGAAACAGUGGCUCCUCUGCGAUGCUGCGAGGGGCCUGGUUAUCUCAUUGGAACAGAUAUUAAAUGCCUUGGCCCUCGGUGUGAUCCCCCGUCACUGCCUACUUUGGGAAUACAUUUCUCCCUAGGAAGUUGUCCUCCUCUCCCUUUCCUUAUUUCUUGUUUGUGUGCCGCCGCUCACCAAACUACAGUACAUGACCCAGAUUUGAAUAUCCAAAGGCAACAGAGGCAACGUGCUCAAGCUUUGUGUCGCCCAAAGACAAUGGGUGUGUAAAAAGGGACUGUUAAUGAGUUUAUCUGGCACUCUCAGGUGCAGGAGCUGAGGCAAGGGCAAAUGACUGCUUCAUUUAAGGAUUGGGGAGGAGGGAUGGAGGGAAAGAAAGUAGUGCGUAAACAGAUAAUGCCAGGAGAGCGGCUGGAGGACAGACAAGGGAGUGCACGGCUGAAGUGUAGAGCAGCUGUGGAAGCCAGAGAGAACAUGCAGUGAGAGCCUUGAACUUCACCGUCGUCAGUCAAAAAGCACCAACAUUACAUGGCAUUACAUUUAACAUGGAAAAAGCCCUGCUCAGCAUAGUGUGAAGUGUCAGUACGGCGUCAGUAUUACAUACACUUGAAGGUUGGUCUUUUUUUGCCGUCUGGAAAACGGAUUGUGUGUUGCUGGAGUUUUCCAACUCCUAACCACAGAGUUAGACCACCCGGUAGACUUGAAGACAGCGUUGUCAUAAUGAACUGUAACAACAAUGUAGGAAUUCUCCUUCUCAUUUAAAACCUUUUCCUAUAGUCUUACAUAGUCAAUGCUUCACUGGGAACGGGCGUGUUCUUAGCCCUGCAUGAGUCCUUGAGGAGAAUUAAGUGUGUGGUGAAUGAUGUGACAACCAUGAUGAUGAUGACAUGGAUCCAAAAUGGCCGCCCGGUGACCAUUUUGACCCAUGCUCUUUGACCACCAGGGGCUGCGACCAGGAAGCCUGACGCGGUGGAGCCGGAGAAGCAGACGGACCACACGGUGAAGAUCGCCGGGGUCAUCGCUGGUAUCCUCCUCUUCGUCAUAAUCUUCCUCGGCGUGGUGCUGGUCAUGAAGAAA